AUGCUCCAAAAUGAAGUGGAUCAAUCCAACUCAAUUCAUUCCCCUGCUACUGAAAUUUCAAAUACAAGAGAUAUUGUACGGGAACAUUUUCUUGGAUUUACAAAGGUUGAACAUGUAACUGGUGAAUAUUUAGCUGACACCAUUUUACAAAUAUUAAAAGAAAAAAAUUUAGAUCUUGCUCUACUUCGAGGACAAGGAUAUGAUGGUGCUGCGAAUAUGAGUGGUGCGUUUAAAGGAGUACAAUCUCGAAUUGCAAGUUUACAGCCUCUUGCAUUCUAUACUCAUUGUGCUAACCACAGAUUAAAUUUAGUGCUCAGUAAAGCAAGCACUGUACCUUCAAUUCGCAACACAGUCGGAAUAAUAACUAAUAUUUAUAACUUCUUAAGGGAUUCUGCUUUAAGAACUCAACUUUUGAAUGAAAAAAUUACAGAACUUUUUCCACAUCAAAAAGCAGUAAAAGCUAAAAAGUUGUGUGAAACACGUUGGGUUGAAAGACAUGAUGGAAUUUUACAUUUUUUGGAAAUAUUACCAGCUAUAAUAGUUACAUUAGACGAAUUAAGCCUUAGCAACCAUACAGGAAGCAAUGCACAAUCUCUAUCUGCAGCUAUUUCCAUAACACUUCCACUAUCAAUUCAGUUACAGAGUAUUAAUAUUGACUAUACACAAUCGAUAGAAAUGAUCAACAAUGUUAAAAAUGUAUUAGCUACCAUAAGAGAAAAUUCAAAAACAGAAUUUAAAAAUAUUUUUGAAGAAACAACAUUAAUUGCAGGAAAAAUGGACGUUGAUAUAAGGAUUCCAAGAGUAACAAAAACACAAUGUCAUCGUGCAAAUGCUCAGCCCCAAUCAACUGAUUUAUCUGAAUUCUACCACGUUAACUAUUUUCUACCUUAUUUGGAUUAUCUCAUGUCAGAACUAAAUUCACACGAUAAAAUAUUGAAUGCGGCUCAGAUAUAUGAAGUAGAUUUACCUCAUAGUAUUGAAGCACUACGUGGUGAGUUAAAUUUAUGGAAACAAUUUUGGAAAAAUAAACCAGGAAAGGCUGAUUCUUCAAUGGAAGCUUUUAAAUAUGCAUCUAUGUUUCCUAACAUUAAAUGUCUUUUAACAAUUCUUAGUGUCAUACCUAUAACAACAGCAAGUGCUGAAAGGUCAUUUAGUUCUUUAAAAAGAAUUAAAACUUACCUACGAUCGACAAUGGGCCAGGAAAGACUUAACGGCUUAGCAAUGUUGCAUAUAAAUAAAGAUAUUCAAGUAAAACCGGAAGAAGUAUUAGAUGUGUUUGCUAAAAAACAUAAACGAAAACUUCAAUUCGACCUAUGA